GUUAAAGUAUCUUUAGUGAGUAAAUAAGAGGAGCUAGCGGCUUCCUGCUCCGCGCUGUCAUCUAGCGUUAGCUAGCCGAAAGCUAACGAGGAUGUUGCUAGCAAUUUGCAUGACAACAGCGAAAACUAAUAUUAGCCUUCUUCAGCCAAUCAAGUUCCAAGAAUCAUGUCUAAAAAGUAAGCGACAGCCAUGGAUGGGAAAAGCCCGUACCGCAUCUAUGACCCAGGCGGGAGUGAGGUCAAGGCCCGGGAGGAGGCUGGAGGUAGAAGCAGCUAUCGGCAGCUCCUGGAGGAGAACAGCAUACUGAGGGAGCGGAUGAAGGGACUUAAGAGCUUAGGUGAUUUGUUGGAAGAGUCUCAAUCGGAGGCGUCAAGACUGCGACAGCGUGUGGAGGAACUUGUGAGAGACAACGAGGCCCUGAAGUCCUCCAGCUUUGCUGCCAGUCUGUGUACAGGUGGCCCAGUUCAGACGGAGACCCAAAGUAAACCCUGUUUACAUCACACUGCAGAACAGAAGGAGGAGCAAACAAGCUGUCUAGGAAAGACCCUACAACCCGAGAAGCCCAAUGAGGCCUUCUCAGAAUAUGAGGUUGUGAAUAUGGAGGUAAAGACUUCAGAUGCCUUGACUGCCGGAUCAGCAGCAGGAGUAGUCCCCCUCCUGCCUCAAGAAAACAUCGAGCUAGCAAGUCAGCUGAAGAGACUAGAAAGCUCAUUUAGCAUAUUCGCAGAGGAGUCCAACCCGAACCAGCUGUUGGCUCAUCUCGGUCGCAUGGCUGUCGAGUUUCACCAUCUCUCCUCAAAGGUCCAAAAGAAUGAACAGAGGACAUCUCUCCUACAGACUCUCUGUGAGCAGCUUAGACAGGAGAACAAUGAGCUCAGAAAGAAAAUGGAAGAGGAUCAUCAUAUCAGAAAUCGAGAUCUGGAACAGUUGAGGCAGGAGAAUCAAAAACUUAAGGAGCUUGUAACCGGAGGAGCACCAGCAGCAGUAACUGCAUCAUCUGCAGCAACAUCUGACACCGACGCUCCAGAGGCCAAAGAAGAGCCAGUGAAAGAGGAAUCCGCUGCUGUGCGACCUAAGAUGGAGGCAACCACUCCACAGAGGAGUGGAAAGGCUGCAGAGAAAACCCCAACUAAACCUUGUGAUGUUGAGGUGUACGAAAAAAAGAUCAAGCUUUUGGAGAAGCAGAGAAAGGAUGUACUGGAGGUGAACAAGCAGUGGGACAUUCAGUGGAACUCCAUGAAGUCACAGUUCGAGCAAAAGAUUACAGACCUCAGACAGCGACUGGCUGAGUCCCAGAAAACUGUGCUUGAGUUGGAGGCCGAGCGAGAGCAAAGGCAGCGCGACUAUGACAAGAAGCUGCUGUUGGCCAAGUCCAAGAUCGAAAAUGUGCAGGGGGAGAAGGAAUGCCUCAACUCUGAGACAACUGAGCUGAAACAGAAGAUUCGCUACCUGCAGGAUCAGCUGCUGCCCCUCAGCAAACAGAGGGAAUACCAAGAGAAAGAGAUCCAACGCCUCAACAGGGCUCUGGAGGAAGCCUUAAAUCUGCACUCCCCAUCAUCCUCCCAACAACCACCUGGACAGGGUAAUUUUGCAGAUGCAGCCAAUAACCUGAAGAAGCAGGAGCUGCUCACUCAGAUUGCUGUACUAAAAGAACAGGUUAAGAUCUUUGAAGAAGAUUUCAGAAAAGAGAGGAGUGACAGGGAGCGAAUGAAUGAAGAAAAAGAAGACCUCAGACGGCAAGUUGAGAGACUACAGGGUCAGAUAACGAAUUUGACCAAUCAGCUUCAUCAGGCACAGAAUGAGUUCCAGAGGGAACGUACAGAGAGAUGUAAGCUGGAGAGACUGCAGAUGCAACAUCACAAACAGGGGCAGCAGCAGGAAAGACGUACCUCAGACCCCACGUCAGGCUCAGUGAACGGCCCGCUGAGCCCUCCCUACUGUGGUCCCUUUGUGCAGGUGGGACCGCAGGGCCUUGAGGGCUGGCCCAUACACCUCCCUCCCCGGAUGCCCAAUGCAGCAGGUGCCGCAGCCGCCGCAGCACCACCCCCUGUACGAGACUUCCAACCUGUUAACCCGGGUUUUCCUUGGCAGUCGUCUUUUCCACAGCAGAGAGGGGCCAGAGCAGCAGUAGGAGAGUGUUCAAGACCACCACCAGAAAAUGCAGACCAGAACGCAGCAGCAGCGGCGGCGGCGGCAGCAGCCACAGCGACAGCAGGAUUUGGAAAAAGGGAGCGACAGAACAUUGACCCUGGAAAGCACUAAAGCAUCACCGUACCCACUUCACGGAAUCUGGGUAGUAGCAUGAAAUCAGUUUGUUUUUGAGUUGACAAGGUGUGAUUUGAUUCUUUAAUUUUCCUACUGAACUGUAGAUAUCCUAUUGUAAUGUUGUUUAUACUUGCGUUUUAUAAGGCUAUUUGUGAAACGCGCUAUUCUGAAUAUAUACAAGAACUAUUAUUUCAUUUUUUUUAAAUCAGGAACUGAGGUUAUUUGUUAGACAUUGGAAUAAUUCCCUUUUGUUUUUUUUUGUUUUUUUUUCAAAAACGUAUACAGACAUGAUUGUCUCUGCAAGUAUGUAACAACUAGACAGUUUGUACUUGUAGGGUUACAGGAAGCCAUUCCCCAACAAGACUACGACUACAGCUACGUAUGCUCAUUCCAACAAUGAAUGAUUAUAGGUACAUUGAAUUUUAGAAUUUACAAUGUGAAUGUUGAUUGAUUUAUGAAGAUUUCUUCAGUAUCAUUAAUGUUAUAGAAUCGUCCCAUAUGUGUAACUGUUCAAAAGUGGUUGUUGAAAUACAAAAAUUUGGGGAAACAAAUUUUGAUGGUGACUUACCAAAAACAUGAUUGUGAUUAUUGAUAAUUUAUUUAUAACCUGCUGUUUUGAUAGUUGCAUUGACUCAGUGUAAAUCAUUGUCUUUAGAAAUGCUGUUCUUUCUAUGUUGUUAGUGUAAUCCCAAUAUAUUGUAGCUAUUGACAUUGUAUGUUUGUGUCAGACACAGAACACGAUGCACAGCACAUCAACCUUUUUCUUUUCCCCAUGACGAUGGACCUAAUCUCAUUAACCACAGCACUUCCACAUGACCACAAUGGAUUUGAUCACUCGUUCUGAUGUUCAAACUCAUGUUGUUGCAUCCUGUACUACUGGCCACAGUUAAGCCCACGUACAUCAACACACACUAUACGAGACGCCACGCCACCAAAACCUUUGGCUGAAAUUGGUGACUAUAUUCCUCUUCAUCCUGAAAUAUCUUCUUUUUUAUGUUGAUUAAGUUGUAGAAUUAAAACAUUCUAAUUAUGCACAAGCAGCAAAAAGAAUUUUCAGAUUUCCGUCUGUUCUUGAAGGCACUAGGUUCAUUGUCAGAGCAGUACAGCUACUACUCCACAGGAACACCAUCUGCAGGGAUGUCUGGCUUUGUGCUCUGUCCACUUUAACAACCAGCAAUCCACACCUUUGCCGACCGACCUGUGAACUGCCUUAGUGCAAAGCCAAGAGCCGUGAUCACACACACACACACACACACACACACACACACACACACACAAACGGGAGCCACUCCUCAGAAUAUUACUUUACCAUUUAAAUGGGCAGAAAUAAUCUCCAAUCAAGCCACUGUUUAAACUGAAAGCCCGUUCAGAGCAGUGUAUAGCGGACAGUCGGACGAAGGGCUUCAAAAUGUGCGCAAAUAGAUUUGAGGCGAAUUUUUAAACUUCCAGGGAACAAACUCCUGAUGGGCGAGAGCUGAAAUUAGACAUUAGCAGAAUUGCACUUUGAAAGGUAUGCUGUAAUUACUGGCAGUUGUAUUUUCUUGGUUUGUAGCCGUUUUCCUUUUUUGCUGUAGGCAAAAGCACAUGUAUGACUUUUUGUAUUUGACUGGCUUAAUAAAUCUAUUCUAAAUGUC